AAGUUAAAGUAAGUAAUUUUUACUGUAUUAUGUGUACUUAUAUGCCCCAAAAGACAUUAAUACGUUUUUUGUACUGCAUUAAAAGCAUGGCUUUUAUCGGCGUAGAGUUUGCAAGCAAAGAUUUGGCAAAUGAUAAGACCGAAGUAGGGAUUGUAAGCGUUCGCUGGUUUACUCCUGAAAAAAAAGAAGUUUAUUGGCCACCUGUAAAAUCACAAGACAGGUAUGAAAAACUUUUGAAACAAGGAGCGAUGCCAACUAAUGAAUGGUCAUUAUGUCAAAUAACAAAAAGUUAUUUUGAGACUGAUGAUUUUAAAAAAGCUCAAAAGAAAUUAAAACUGUGUCAGUAUUUAUCAGAUGUAGCGUCAGAACCAGAACAAUCAAUUUCAAAUGUUACUAAUAAAAGACAGCGAAAUAAGCCUUUAAAGUAUAUAACCAGCGACUCAUCGGAUGAAGAAAAUAUACCAGUAUUAUCUAAACUGAAAGCUCCUCCUAGACUAGAUAAAAGUUUUCCAAUUUGUGUUGAAGGUCCAUCCAUUAUAGAAGAUAAAGUACUAAAUGCGAGUACAGCAAAAACAGAUGAUAUACUUGUAACAACGAAUCAUCUUGUACAACCAACUCGUAAACAUACAUUGACAGAAAAAAUUUUCUGUCUGCUACGAAUACUGAAAAUGUGGAAUCACAAAUAGACAACAGAACUCUACGUGAUAUUUAUGCGACGCUUGCAUUUCUAAAACGACAGAAUGCAGAUAUCUACAAUCAAAAUGAUCAAAUAUUGCAAAUUAUAAAGGAGAUUAACAACUCUAUUGUAACAUCUAAAUCAAAUGAAAAAUUACAAUUGCCUUGUACUCUACCAAUGACAACAUUAGAAGAUAUUAUAAAAUUGGAAGAAUAUCUUGAAAAAGAAAAAAA